AUGUCCAGGAAAGGGGUGACGCAGCGCAUCAGCAAGGUCGGGAAGACAAGAGUAUAUAAAGAGUCGACGGCACACCACCAGCAGCUCAGACCUGGACUACCACCUUCCUGCAUCAAACAUGAAAGUGCUGCUCAUCACCGUGAGCGUUGCCCUGCUGGUGGGAUCCUCCAGGGCAGGCGGAGUACAUGGAGGCGGUGGUGGGUUUGGAGGCGGCGGAGGUGGAUUUGGAGGCGGCGGAGGAGGUUUUGGACACGGUGGUGGCGGCUUCGGAGGGGCGGUGGAUCUCGCUAUGGUUCCGGUGGAGGUGGCAUCGGUGGAGGCGGCAUCGGAGGUGGUGGAUUCGGAGGAUCCAAGGGCUUUGGAGGAGGUGGCAGCUUCGGUGGUGGCGGCCACGGUGGCGGUGGAUCUCGCUAUGGCGGCGGCGGCGGCUUCGGAGGUGGCGGCAUUGGUGGUGGUGGCUUCGGCGGUGGCGGCUUCGGAGGAGGAUCCAAAGGUUCCUUCGGUGGUGGCAGCAUCGGUGGAGGCGGAUUAGGUUCACUCGGCGGUGGGUCUCGCUAUGGCGGCGGCGGCGGCUUCGGAGGUGGCGGCAUUGGUGGUGGUGGCUUCGGCGGUGGCGGCUUCGGAGGAGGAUCCAAAGGUUCCUUCGGUGGUAGCAGCUUCGGUGGAGGCGGAUUAGGUUCAUUGGGCGGUGGGUCUCGCUAUGGCGGCGGCGGCGGCUUUGGAGGUGGUGGCUUCGGUGGUGGAGGCUUCGGUGGUGGCGGCUUCGGAGGUGGAGGAUUCGGAGGAGGAUCCCACGGCCGGCGAUAUGGAUAAACGAUGAAAGUGUUAAUUUAUAAACAAAAAAUAAACUUCUGAAUUUAGGAA